CCUUCAGCCCCAAAGGGAGGCAGACAGGGUGCCCUGGAGGCUUGGGCACUUUGGGGAAGGGCUGGGUCCUCCUUUUCCCGGACACGUCCUCCAUGCCAGCCCCCUCUCUCCAGGGGGAAUCCCCAAAGGUUGGGAUGAAACUUAUCAUUCUAGAACAUUAUGCUCAGGCCAGUGAAUGGGCUGCAAAGUACAUUAGGAAUCGAAUCAUCCAGUUUAAUCCAGGUCCAAACAAGUAUUUUACCCUUGGACUCCCCACUGGAAGUACUCCACUAGGAUGUUACAGGAAACUAAUAGAAUAUUACAAGAAUGGCGAUCUCUCUUUCAAAUAUGUGAAAACCUUCAACAUGGAUGAAUAUGUGGGUCUUCCAAGGGACCAUCCAGAAAGCUACCAUUCCUUCAUGUGGAACAAUUUCUUCAAGCACAUUGACAUUGAUCCUGAGAACACCCAUAUUCUGGAUGGGAAUGCAGUUGAUCUACAGGCAGAAUGUGAGGCUUUUGAAGAAAAAAUCAAGGCCGCUGGAGGAAUUGAGCUUUUUGUUGGAGGUAUUGGUCCAGAUGGUCAUAUUGCCUUCAAUGAGCCAGGCUCAAGCCUGGUGUCUAGAACCAGAGUGAAGACUCUGGCAAUGGACACAAUAUUGGCUAAUGCCAGAUUCUUUGAUGGUGACCUCUCCAAAGUGCCCACAAUGGCUCUCACAGUUGGGGUGGGUACUGUCAUGGAUGCCCGAGAGGUUAUGAUUCUAAUCACAGGAGCUCAUAAAGCAUUUGCCUUGUACAAAGCUAUUGAGGAAGGUAUAAACCACAUGUGGACAGUUUCAGCCUUUCAGCAACAUCCUCGUACAGUCUUUGUGUGUGAUGAGGAUGCCACUCUGGAACUUAAAGUCAAAACAGUGAAGUAUUUUCAAGGCUUGAUGCUUGUUCAUAACAAACUUGUGGAUCCAUUAUACAGUAUGAAAGAAACAGGAACUGAAAGAAGCCAAGGAAAGAAGCCAUAUAGUGAUUAGACUCUUUUAGUUCUAAGCAACUGGUUAAGCCUAUCCUUGAUAAGACAAGAUGUUGAACACUUUUCAUCUUCAAGACAAGUCUGCAGGAAAACACAUUCUUCAUCUCAUUACUGGAAAAUACAUCCCCCCCUCAGUGGUAAAGCAGUAACAGUGAAUGCAACUGCAUCAAGCAUUUUCAAGCAGCAGAGCUGGAGACCAAGACCAAAUGAGGGAACUGAAACAGUCUAUACUCCUUUAGAGAACAUUACAUGUACUGAAGAAUAACUGGGAAGAUCUUAACGUGUAAUAUGAAUCUCAGUCUACAUUCAGCUAUAUACACUCAACAGCAGAAUCUGUAAGAUGUGGAGCUUUUUCUAUAAUCUUUUUUAACAUUAAAGACAAACAUGUUUUCUGAAAAACAGCUGGGUUGUAUUUAUUCUGUGUUGCUGCAUGCCUUCAAGUUGUUCCUGACAUAUGGCAAACCUAGACAACCCUAUCAUGUGAUUUCUUGGCAAGAGUUGUUCAGAAGACGAUUUGCCGUGGCCAUCUUUUGGGGCUGAGAGUGUGUGACUUGCCAAGAGUCACCCAGUGAGUUUCGAUACCACCCACUAAACAGCCCCACUCUUCCAUGAUUACAGUUGAGUCUGUGCCACAGUCUUUUUGUUGUUAACUGUCCUUGCCUUCCCCGGAGGCUGAGAGCAUGUGACUUGCCCAAGGUCACCCAGUGGGUUUUAUAGCCAAGCUGGGAACUGAACCCUGAUCUCCAGAGUCAUAGCCCAAUGCGGGAUCUCCUUAUUCUUUAGAGUUGAAAAAAAUGGAGCUAGGUUUCAUCAGACUGAGCAAACAAAAAAAGAAAGAGGCUCCUCCCUCCUUAACUGUCAUCUUUCAGCCUAUGAGGGGGAGAGUAGGCUGGCCCAGCUCCACCAGGGCUAGC